CAGCGGAUGAGACCGUUUGGUGAAGAUGGCGGACUCGCUGUCGUCAGGUCUGGGAGAGGAGAAAGAGAAGGAGAAGGAGGACAGGGAGAGGAACAGAAAUGCUGCCAAAUCAGAGAAGAACAAGGGGAAAGACGGCAUCACGGAGACGUUAAACGCCAACGAUAAAAAUGGCGGCAGUAUGGGCAAGAAACGCAACCUGUCAGACCUGUCCCUGGUCCGAUUUAUAACCACUGAACUCACCAGAGGCUACUUCCUGGAACACAAUGAGGCCAAAUACACAGAGCGUAGAGAGAGGGUCUACACCUGUCUUCGCAUCCCCAAGGAGCUCGAGAAGUUGAUGACAUUCGGCUUCUUCCUCUGUCUGGAUGCUUUUCUCUAUGUGUUCACCCUGCUACCUCUCAGGGUGAUUCUGGCCCUUUUACGGCUUCUUACAUUACCUUGUUGUGGUCUCAGUGGUUCCCGCCUACUCCAGCCAGCCCAGGUGUGCGAUGUGCUGAAAGGCUUCAUUAUGGUGCUGUGUUACUCUAUGAUGAGUUACGUGGAUUACUCCAUGAUGUACCACCUGAUCAGGGGACAGUCUGUCAUCAAACUCUACAUCAUAUACAACAUGCUGGAGGUGGCGGACCGCCUCUUCUCAUCCUUUGGUCAAGACAUCCUGGACGCUCUGUACUGGACGGCCACAGAACCAAAGGAGAAGAAGAGAGCGCACAUAGGCGUGAUUCCUCAUUUCCUCAUGGCUGUACUCUACGUCUUCCUCCAUGCCAUCCUGAUCAUGGUUCAAGCCACCACUCUUAAUGUAGCCUUCAACUCUCACAACAAGUCCCUGCUCACCAUCAUGAUGUCCAACAAUUUUGUGGAGAUUAAAGGCAGUGUUUUCAAGAAGUUUGAAAAGAACAAUCUCUUCCAGAUGUCAAACAGCGACAUUAAAGAGAGGUUCACCAACUACAUCCUCCUGCUCAUUGUCUGUCUGAGAAACAUGGAGCAGUUCUCCUGGAACCCAGACCACUUGUGGGUGCUGUUUCCUGAUGUACUCAUGGUCAUAGCAUCAGAGGUUGCAGUGGACGUCGUAAAGCAUGCCUUUAUCACCAAAUUCAAUGACAUCAGUGCUGAUGUAUAUGGGGAAUACAGGGCCAGCCUGGCAUUUGACCUUGUCAGCAGUCGACAGAAAAAUGCGUACACAGACUACAGCGACUCUGUAUCCAGAAGAAUGGGCUUCAUCCCACUUCCUCUAGCUCUGCUGUUGAUCCGAGUAGUGACCAGCUCAGUGAAGAUUCAGGGUUCACUCUCCUUUAUGUGUGUGCUGCUGUUUUAUCUUGGGAUGAUCACUUUGAAGGUGCUCAACAGCAUUGUUCUUCUUGGGAGAUCAUGUAUGUUUGUGAAAGAGGCUAACAUGGAAGAGAAGCUCUUCGACCCUCCACCCUCUGCUGUCUCCAGCCGUGUGAACUCAAGAGCUCACCGCACCAAACACGUUCACAUUGUACCACAGCAAGACCCCACAGUUGAUAAAGGAGGAAUAUCACUGGCAUCACACAUUUCUCAGCCUGCCAACAUGGGAGAUAGCACCGCCCCCACGAUCCCCAAAAGUGACUCAGACACAUUCCUGACAACGCCAGACGAGGAGGACGAUGACAAAAUCAUCAACGUUAACACAGGACUGGAAGGGGGCGGACUUGAACACAGAACACCCAAGAAAGACUUAUUGGAAAUAGACCGCUUCACCAUCUGUGGCAACCGGAUAGACUGAAAGCCAUAUAAACAGUCAGUGUCCUGGCUCAACAGCAAGGUUCAGGGUUCAGACAAGAGUCACGGAGCAUGCUCAGACCAGACACAUUUUGUGUGCCUGACCCCUGGAGUAUUUAUUUAUUUAUUACAGACAAAACCAGCCAAGGCAUUAAGCUGUUACUACAGGCCUCAGAAGCCGCUUCAGAUGUUUCCAUCUGUUCAAGUCUGCAUCCCCGGAGCCAGUUAAACGCUUUGAGGAUGGGUUUUGGGUGUCACAGCAACCUUCAGACAGGUUUGCUGAUGAUGAAGAUGGGAAAAACUGGAGUGCACUGCUGGAAGAGAGCAUCAGGAUCAAGACUCUUAGUGGCUGUGUGAUCAAAGGAACAUGACAGCUGGACUGUGAGAGUGUGUCCAAAAGCACAAACCUGUCUAAAGCGCAGGGUUGUUUUUAGAAAGAACAGACCUUGACAACUUUUGUACUUUUUUAUUUUGAAGUUGUGAAAAAUUCUUAUAUUUUAAAUGGUGUUUUUAAGAAAUUUUGGGAAUCUUUUUUUUCCAAGACCAAGUCAACUACAGUUUUAAGACUAAUGAUCCCAUCAAAUUAUAUAAAAGUCUUAAUCUCUCUGCAGACAUAAACCCAAACAAAUGAGAAAAGCUCCAUUCAAAUUAAGUUAAUGUGAAGAGCCCAGAUGUUAAAAGCUUUUACAUAUGGCAGCAGUGGCACUAAGAGCAGCAGCUGGGGUGUAAGUCAUCAGAUUACAUACUCAUGGCGAGGACGCAUCAUUGACUUUACCUUUUUCCACUCAAGUAACAGGAGAGUUUUGAAUAUUGUGCUGUUUGUGUUGAUAUUGUUGCUUUGAAGCACUGAGAAAAGAUGGUGCUUUUUUUUUUUUUUUUUUAAAGGCACCGUUAUUUAUUUGGAAUUAGACUCAAAGCAAAAAUCAAGGACGAUUUUUCUUUUGUAUUUUCCGUUGUUUUUUCUAAUCAAUAUGCUUCAUAUGUACUGUCAUUAUACAAGCAUGUAGCCUUCAGGUAAUCAUGGUGUGACACCACUGUGUUCUUGGUCUCAUUUUCAGUUCAGAGUUUGUGACACUGGCAUCUUUUUAACAUGGUGAACAUUGUUUUGGGCAGUGAUAAGAUGAUGACUACAUGUAUUCAGUUGUGUUUUCAUCAAAAGGCAUAAAACAGCUGCUGGAAGAAUCACAUCAUAACAGAAGGAUCAUAACAACACUGUGAUCUCAUGAGAGCAGUAAACCCAGCUGUUUUCACAUCCCUUUAAAGUUGGAAAAUCAGGUUUGAUCCCUGAAUGUUUCUGAUAUUAUUUGGUACAGUUGGCAGUUACAGUGUGGCAGACCGCUUUAAGAUGCUGUGAAACUGUUUGUGGAUCCUAUAACCUUGGUCUGAGGUGCCAGGAGUUGUACAUCCUGUACAAAAGCGAGGUUCAACAGAGGCUGCAUCUUACAAUAUUUUCAGUAUCCAAUAAUAAAAAAAAUGUUUACAUGGUAAUUGUCCACCCAGAGCCCACCAUGCUAUUUUUACACCUUUACACCCUUUAUUUACUGUCAAUUUUUUAACAUGUAAGAAGCUAGCACCAGCUUAAAUUAGGCAAGCAUGAUAUUGGAUUUUUACUAAUAUCUGAUACACCGAUAUUUACAAAUAAAUUUCAACCAUUACAGAUAUUGAUCCAGAUCAGCUCUGCUUGAGUCAGCCUCUCUGCAGAAGAGACACUCUGGGUUCUUUACAAAAAAAAAGGUGUAAAUAAAAUGAGUUUAGAAAUAUAAGAUACUGGCGAAACUCUAAUAUCAUACCUCCCUAAUGCCAAUUUGCCCAAAGGAAAGAUUCAACUAUUAUUAAAACAUGUGGCAAUUAUUUUUCAUUCAAUCUUUUAAAAGACCCACCAUUGCAGCUGUCGUUUAACUUUGCACCAAGUUUUUACAUUUCAUGCUAGCACCAGGAUUUAUUCCAUAUACCAGAAAUGAUCCAAAUCAUGUGGUCUUGAAAAACACAAAAUAUUUCAACAUUUAAAAGUAAUUACUUUUCCGAAGUUACAGGAUAACCAGAUACACUUUCAACAACCUUCCUGAACUGGUUUCCUAAGUUGCCGCUCUUUUUUCAUAUCCAAUAAUGUUAGUAAUACAUAAAGAUAAUUUGUACUUUGUGAACAAAUAUGUAGGAUUUAUCACUAGAUGUAAAAAUGUGUCUAUAUUACUGAUUAUUCUAAGUUUUUAUACAAAUAUAUGUUUAUAUUUUUCUUGUUGAAUGCUUAAGAAGUAAGAUUUAUUUCAGGCUUCCUGGGAAACUGAGUUUCAACUUGGAAUAUCAGUGAAAUUGCAGUCUUAAGUGACAGCUGCAUGGGGUCAAGCCCCUCACAUCGCUUCUUCUCACUCUCUCAACUUCUGCAAGGAAAUUAUUACCCAGAAAGUGCAGGAAAAGAUGCAUUGAAUAUAAUUUAAUUCAUGAUACCUGGAAAGGACAGUAAAUUAAAUAAAUGCAACUCUGUGAUGGAAGGAUUUGAGCGAGUGGAUUCAUCAUGGCAGCGUGUGGGUGCACAUGUGUAUCAGUGAGUGCUAUACUUUGCACUGCAUGAAUGAAUCUCACUACUAAAAGACAAACUUCAUGUAUGAAUCUGACAUUCCCUUAUUUUUAUUUUCAUGUGCAGCCCAUCUAUGUAAUACAUCUCCUACAUGGCAGAGGGAGAAUAAAACAAGGUAUUUGUUUUCUAACCCUUUCUGGUGUGUGGUAUCUGUCUCUCACUGCUUGUAUGGUGUGUGUUUGUGAGCACAGAGGCGGGUGUUUCACUGAAAGAAGUCACUGCGGUCUCUGUUCACAUGGGCAAACACUGCGGACCACUGUUCCCCUUGAAUGGGCAUUUGGAGGGGUGUCUGUCAUCACACACACAGGGGGACUUUUUCAGGGCCCAACACUGAAAAAUUAUCUGCUUUUGGACACUUGUGUUUUGUAAUCAUGGGACGUAUUUCACAUUUGCAUUAAACCAGCUGUAGUGUCAUGUGUCGUGUAAAGUGACUGCAAACCAUGUGAGAGCAGAUGAAAGAGAGCGCUGACAUGUGAAAGACUUCAAAGCUAUUUUCAAACACUUGCACAACUUAACCGGGCUGGAGCUGAACUUUGGGUUUUCCCUCUUUUGAACUCGAACCCUCUGUGCUUGCCAACAUUUCACCGUAGCCCUGAACACCUAUC